AUGAAGCGGGGUUUCUAUCCUCGACCCAAUUCCUUCCAGUGCUCGCCCAAGCGGCGCCGAGUUGACACUACGCUUGCCGGCUCUCGUCAGGCCAGGAGGCUCAGUGUCAUCGACCAGAAGUUGAUAGAGGGCUCACAGCGGCAGGAUUAUUCCAGUUCGAUUGCCCGACAGCCUUCACCAACCCAAGAGCUCAUUCCGUUCUUUCAUGAAGAGGAUGCACAGUUGGAUGCAUUUGAUCUCGAGUUACUAGCACAGGAGCAUCACCCUGGCAUCUACCAACCACCAAAUAUAGAUGUUGCCCACUGUGCACAGCAAACAAUAUACUCCGCGGGCCUCGAGCAUGAGAACGCUCCACUGCGGAAGUCCCGCUUCUUUGACCCCUUCCAUAGGGCCACGCCUGUUCGUAAUGUAGGGUCCAGCCCCUCCGAAAGUAACUCUGGUCCAUUCUCGAACCCAUUGAUGGUGAUGCAUCAAAACAAAGAAAAACCAUGGCUGGGAAGAGGACACCUGGAACCCCAGGUUGAUUCGCAGCAGUUUGACUCGAAUCAAUACUCAUCCCAGCCAUCCCCCUCUUCUCAUCCCAGUCUCAACAUAUCCGCAAGUGGCCAGCGAAGUCAAGGAAACCUUCCAUUCUGCCACAUCCUGCCGUCGGUACAAGGCAUUAUUUUGGUCUCCGUGGACGAGUUACCCGAACGAUAUCGCUCCAUGUACUCAUUCCCACUUUUCAACGCAAUCCAGUCCAAAUGCUUCCACCCUGUAUACAAUACCAAUGACAAUAUUGUCCUCUCAGCACCAACGGGAAGCGGAAAGACUGUCGUCAUGGAGCUUGCUAUAUGCAGACUUUUUAACGUCUUGAAAGACGAGCGCUUCCGAGUGGUCUACCAAGCACCGACAAAAUCCCUCUGCUCCGAACGAUUCCGAGACUGGAAUACCAAGUUCGCAGCUCUGGAUCUGAAAUGUGCAGAGUUGACUAGUGAUACAGAUCAUAUCCAGUUGCGCAGUAUCCAAACCUGCCAGAUCAUCAUCACGACGCCUGAGAAAUGGGACAGUAUGACGCGUAAGUGGAAGGACCACAUGCGGCUGAUGCAACUCGUGAAACUAUUCCUCAUCGACGAGGUUCACAUCCUCAAAGAGUCCCGUGGAGCCACUCUUGAAGCUGUUGUAUCGCGUAUGAAGAAUAUUGGAUCGAAUGUCCGCUUCGUGGCGUUGAGUGCGACUGUUCCAAAUUCCGAAGACAUUGCGACAUGGCUCGGCAAGGAUGCAACAACUCAACAUGUUCCUGCGCACCGGGAGCAUUUUGGGGAGGAAUUUCGUCCUGUCAAGCUGCAAAAGUUCGUGUAUGGGUAUCGGUCGACUGGGAAUGAUUUUGCUUUCGAUAAAGUCUGCGCAUCGCAUCUGCCUGAGAUUAUUGGGAAGCACUCUUGUCAAAAGCCUAUAAUGAUUUUCUGUUGUACCAGGAAUUCAUCAGUCGCAACUGCCAAAGAGCUUGCCCGGUUGUGGACCCAGACAAAUCCUCCUGCUCGACUCUGGAACGGCCCUGGCAAGCGCAUUGAAAUGAACAAUGACGAUCUGAAAGCAACGAUCACUGCCGGAGUUGCAUUCCACCACGCUGGCCUCGGUGCAAGUGACAGGCACUUGGUCGAAAAGGGCUUCCUGGAAGGGGAAAUAAACGUCAUUUGCUGCACUUCAACUCUCGCCAUAGGCGUCAACCUACCUUGUCAGCUGGUGAUUAUCAAGAAUACGGUUGGCUGGCAGGGUGGUGGUUGCAAAGAGUACUCUGACCUCGAGAUGAUGCAAAUGCUCGGUCGCGCAGGACGGCCUCAGUUCGACGACAGCGCAACAGCAGUUAUAUUCACCCGAAAAGAGCGUGUAUCUCACUAUGAACGACUAGUCUCAGGCUCUGAGAGUCUUGAAAGCUGUCUGCAUUUAAAUCUCAUCGACCACUUGAAUGCGGAAAUUGGUCUGGGGAGCGUGACUGAUGUUCAAUCAGCGACCAGGUGGCUCGCAGGUACCUUUCUUUUUGUGCGACUCCGUCGAAAUCCAACUUACUAUAAGCUCAAGGAGGGAGCCAGUCAGAAAGAUGAGGAUGAGUUGCUUCGUCAGAUCUGCGAGAAGGAUAUCAAACUUCUUCGGGAGUGUGGUCUUGUGGACGCUGAAAAGCUUUGCUCGACUCGAUUCGGCGAUGCCAUGGCUCGAUAUUAUGUCCGAUUCGAGACCAUGAAGAUACUGUUGUCCGUGGAAGCCCAGGCAACACUACCUCAGAUCCAUGAUCUAAUUACUCAAGCCGAAGAAUUUCGCGAAGUACGUCUCAAAGUCGGCGAGAAGUCGCUCUAUCGAGAAAUAAACAAGGAUCCGGGCAUACGCUAUCCGAUCAAGGUUGACAUAGCUCUUCCAUCUCACAAAAUAUCGCUACUUCUCCAGUCCGAACUCGGUGCAAUCGACUUCCCCACCAGCGACCAACUCCAGAAGCACAGGUUCACAUUCCACCAGGAAAAAAGCCUCGUCUUUGCCCAUGUGAACCGACUGAUUCGCUGUGUGAUCGACUGUCUGAUUAUCCGCGAAGAUUCAGUGGCCACUCGGAAUGCACUUGAGCUGGCCCGCAGUUUCGGCGCUAGGGUUUGGGAUCAUUCGCCGCUCCAGAUGAAGCAGAUUGAACAGAUUGGGGUAGUAGCAGUCAGAAAACUGGUUACUGCGGGUAUUAAAAACCUCGAGGAGCUUGAAGCUACUGAAGCGCCACAGAUUGAUAUGAUCCUGAGUAAGAAUCCGCCUUUUGGGUCGAAGUUGUUGGCGAGGUUGAAAGAAUUCCCGAAGUUGAGGGAAUCGAUGAGUGGCAGUGUCAGAAAUCGUUUCAAGAUUGAACUUGCAUUCAUGAAUGAUAAGGUUCCGAGUUUCUUUCAACGAAGGCCAGUCUAUGUUUGCUGCUUGACAGAGACAUCUGACGGCCGAUUGAUCGAUUUCCGGCGCAUGAAUGCCAGCAAGCUUCAAGACGGCAUGGAGGUCACCCUGGUUGCAUAUCUGAGAGAGAAAGACCAGUAUAUCCUCUGUCAUGUAAUGUGUGAUGACAUUGCUGGAACUGCAAGACAAGCUGAAAUCAAACCCGAUUUGCUGAGGUCUCUCUUCCCAAGCAAUGGACUCGAAAAGGGCAGUCCAAAAACUUCACAGCGAUUUUCCCCGAACAGGUCGCGCGAAAGGAAUCGGGAUUCACCCAAAAGCCCUCACAGACCUUGUGCCGGGUCGGAUUCUUUCGAUGGGGAAGACUUACAAGUGGAUGAUUUCAUGGCAGUGUCUCGUCGCUGCGAAAUGCAAAGGAAACCAAUCGGUGUCUCAAAGGCUCAGCCAGAUGAGCUUGACUGGUUUUCAAUUCACAACAGUUCUUCAAGUCCGCAACGGGAGCCAGAGAAGGCGCUAAGCAAGGAGAAAGAGUGGACCACAGACAUGGGACAGCAAGAUGAGGAUGAGUUCGAGCCUAUUCAUCUUCCGAACGGAAACUGGGCCUGCAGCCACAAAUGCAAGGACAAGACAAGUUGCAAACACUUAUGCUGUCGGGAGGGGUUGGAGAAACCACGAAGGCCCAGGAGGCGAGCUGCUUCAAACCACAAAGCAGGGAAUCUCAAUCAGUUGACACUAUCUGCUGUGAUUGCAAAGCGAGACAAUCCAGAUAAUUCCAGCAAGGGAAAGCAGCCGGCAAACCAGGUUCCCAAGCUGACGGCAAAAAGAAACGCAAGCAAUCUUUCUCAGUCGCGAUUUCCGAGAUUGCCGGCCACAAGGAAAGCCUCCAAUCAAGCACGAAACAGGACCCAAAGUAAAACGGUGCGAUCCGCCUCAAGGAAGGUGAAGUGCAAGUCAAGAGACCCACCAAAGAUCUUCUCUAGUGACUUCGAUGACGAUAGCCUCAAUGAUUUGCCACCGCUCUCCUGGAUUAUGGAAAACCCAGGAUCAGGUCUUACUAAAGUUGAUUUGGCUGUGACCGAACAUUCACCCCAGAGAGGAGAUAGUAUUGUUAUUAGUCCAUUCCCAGACAUCGAGCCCACAUCGACAAGAAACCAAACCCAGGAGCUUCAACCCCUCCAAAUCCCCCAACCCCACGACAUUAUUGAAAUUCCCGACACCUCUACACCUGAAUCUGGAAAACACGUCUUCACCAGUCUCGAUGCUCCCGAGAGCCCCAUCACCACCGCCCCUUUUGCUGCAUCAAGCGGGCACGUUAUCCACCCCCCAGUUCGAAAGUCGGGCAGUUUUUGCCAAGCCUACGAAGAGUUGUUUUUGCAACGAGCUCAACAAUCUCCGUCUCCAGAAUAUCAUCUUCCUGAAUUGAAUACAGGACGCACCAUGCAUCAACUGAAGACUAUGGCUGCUGUUGAUCAGGCGUUCGUAGACGACGAGCACCUCCCGUCCACGGAUAGUUCAUCCGGAUGGGACGAUGUCGAUCGGCUUUUGCUGGAAGAGUUCCAAGAUAUCAUCCAUCAUUAUUAG